CGCACUCCGUUUGAGCAGCGCUCGACCAGCUGAGUGCUGUUUUACCCUUUCCUGGUGUUCGCUGCGUCUGCCCCUAGGUGUCCAAUUGAAGAUGCUCACGACCAGAAUAAUCAUCGCAUGCAGAUCACUGUAUGCUUAUUCAUGUUGUGUGAUCAACGGCCACGCAUCUACACUCCCAAGUCGUCUAUCUCACGCACCUUUAUCUGUCCACCUCUAUCUCUCCCAUUCUGCCCGAUUUCGAUUUCGAUUCCGAUCACAAUUCCUCUAUGAAAUUCGUCGUGAGAUUCAUCGUCCGCGAUCGCACAAACAGAAUAACGCGGACCGAAGAGAGACGCCGGGGCGUUCCUAGGCGCCCGCUGCUCUCCUUUCUCGUCUCUCGCGCCCCUUCGGCUUCAUCUCCGAUCAAACGUAGUAUCUCGAUUUUCCCGAUCUAGCGCUUUCCCCGAGCCUUCUCCCACAACGCCUAACCCCUUUGGUCUGUGUUUUCGCCGAUGUUCCCCUUAUUUUAGAUGGUGGGAUGGGAGCCUCAAGGUCGGGCAAUCCCAUGAUGCGCUCUCAAGUGCACGGGUGCGGGCCCAGCUCAUACGAGGCACUCCAUCGCAGACGUCCCACAGAGGUCCAUAGGGGUCUACAGCGUAAGCGCGCUGUCACUUAAGCUUCGUGGGGACACGGCGGGGUGUGGUGAAGGCGCGGGGUCGAUCGGCGUUCCCCGUACAUAUCCUGAUGAGCCUUCGGCGUCGUCCGCAGCUCCGUACAUGACCUGUAGACACUGACGCCGAUGCCGGCGUGACGUUGGAAACUUGCAUCAUUGCGGUGGCUCAGACGCGGCAUGGGCACUCGUUGAUAUGAAAUGGAGCAUGAAGGAUGUUGGGCGGCUUGGCUGGCUUGGCUGGCAAGCGAUAUGGUGGCGGGUGGAAGUCUGAUCCGCACCGACGCGGUGGGAGUAUUACGGCUGUAUGCCACAUUUCGCACCAUCGGCCUCUUCGGCGUUCAGUUUGACUGGCGCCGAAUCAAGAGAUUUACGCUGGUGCGUCAACGUUCGCGGUAUCAAGGCGUCAAGACACGGAGUAUCAGUCUCGGGUGGGAAUUCAGGGAGGGAGAUGAUGAGAGAAGGUCUGCGGAACGGGCCGCGCCGAGCGCCUACGCGAGUGAAGGAACCGGAGUCAUACGGCUGGAUGAACGGAGGUACAGUAUGAAUGUGUCAUUCAGCCAAACACAAUCGACCACGCUGCGGGUGAUUCACGCAUCGCCUCGCCUUGCGACCACCACACGCGCAAGCCGGAAAAAGCCCCUCGGGAGUCCCCGCGCAAGGCUUUGCUGUGCCCAAGCACCACGCACUCCUUCUCCGAAGGGUGGUACGCAGGGCUGCAAGUGGAGGACAGACGCAUGGCUCGUGGAGAAGGCGUCUAUCGGGCGAGUUUAUGUGCGUCUCCUGGGAAUCCAGCGACGUGGAUCCCUGAAUCAUCACUCCCUGUUGCCAGAACCGUGCAAGGCGCGGCCAGACAGUUUCGCUUAUAAAGUCUCUGCCCUCCGCGCUCGAUGGGGUACACCGACUGUCCAACUGCCCAGCCUCCGCGCCUUCAUGCUUGACACGCCCCUCUCGCUCGGAUACAGCAUGCAGUCCCAGUAUUUGCCCCAGUCGGAUCCGGAUCUCGUCUACGCAGCUGUUUCCCACUAUCACCCCCACCAACGUCCGCAACAGCUGCAACAGCAUCACCCUCAUCGUCACGAGCAGGAUCACCAGACUUUCCUCCCACAUUCUAACUACAUCUCGAACAUGGCCUCGAAGGAUGCCAUGCAGCAGUAUCCCGACGUCGACGCGAAGCAGCAGCCGUCGAUGCUGGAUGUGAACGGAUUCAUGCAUUAUUCUUUUGACAUGAACGCCGCCUCUGACGGCGGACACGUGAAUGGGAUCGAUGUCGCCGCGCCGCAGCUCAACAAUGAAUACGCCGCCUUGGAAGACUUAUGCCAGACUCACGUCCAGACCCAUCGUGAUCACACCCACGACACCUUCCAUAUCCCGUCAUCCUCCACAUCCCCGUCGUCGCUCUCCAUGGCUAUGGCGGCGGCGGUGGCAGCGUCACCCACACAGACCCAAGCGUCGACGCCGUCGCUCAUCCUCGACACAUGCUCGGACACGUCCACGAGCCCCCCGUUCGACCCAUUCCCUUUCGACAGUGUGUGCGAUACGCCCGUACCGAGCACGAGCAACACUGCCUCCAUUUCUCGUCCUCCAUUUUACGUCACACAACAACAUCCGCGCAAUAGAAACAGCAACAUCACCAACGUACAAGGGCAUUCUGGAACUAGCAGACUUUCUUCCCCCAGUGCACGUUCCAGCUCGAAUACCCGAUCCAGUCCGCGGUCGAGCCCUCGUGCUCACGCGCACGUUUCACAUCCAUAUUUGAACGCGGGACCGUCGUCCUCCUCGAGCCCGGGUCCGUACUCGCGAAGGGGGUCUGAAAAGGCUAUGUCCAUCGCUAUCUCCGAUGCUGCUGCGGCGUCAGGUGCGUCAGGGUCUGGCGCCAGCCCCUCUACUGGUUAUGUGGGCGCUACAUCCGCCGUGGCGACGACAGUGGGCGGGCGCUUACCCGGUGCCUGUGCGCGCUGCAAGAAGCUGAAGAUGAAGUGCAUCUUCCCCGACGCGCAGCCGGCAUGCGUGCGCUGCAACGUAGGGGGACACCACUGUGUGGUCGAGGGGCGCAAGGCGAGAACGCCGAGCCACCUUGGCUCGAUGGAGACGGCUUUUGUCCCACGCGGCUCAGACCCUGGCGCUCUGGACCUUGCUGACGUAGACGCCCUCUCUUUCCCUUCCGCACCGGCUCAACUUUCGACACGAAACGCGAACCGAAUCGCCCUGUUUAGCCAAAGGGAGCACCUCCUGCGCCAAAUCCGUGAAAAAGACCAGUCGAUCGCGGACAUCCUGUCGCGUCUGCACACCUGCGCCCCAGGCUCCUCUUCCAGCUCUGGCGCGUCCGGCUCGUACGUCACGCCCCUCUCGAUUCUCCCAGCGCGCCUCGGGAACCUCACGCCGGCGGAGCGCCAGGCGCACAGCGAGGUCCUCGCGCGGAUGGAGAAGCACCAAGCGAGCGCGCGCGCGUGGGAAGUCGCGCGCGGCGCGAUCGACGUCGGCGCGCUGGAGGUCGACGAGGAGAUGGACGACGACGAGCUCGAGGAUGAUGGGGAAGACGACGACGAGCGCGAUGAGGACGAAAGCCAGAGGAGCAAGAGCGAGUCGAUGGACGUGGAUCUGUGCAAGAAGGAGCAGGGCGCGGAGACGCAGAUCAUGCGGCGGCAUACCAGCCACCGCCGCGGCGGAGAUGGUGAGGGCGGUGGCGGAGCGCUGCGGCUCCAUUCGUUGCCAGAUUCCACUGCCCCUCUGGGCUUCCUUGCAAGCUGCUCUCUCAAGUACGGCAAGGGGCGCCAUCCGACGCUGAACGUGCCAUCAAACCUUGCUCCCAACGCCAACGCAGACGCGUGGUCGCAGGCGUUCGGCGGCCUAAAGGGCGUGCCGGAGAUGGACUUUGGCAUCGCAAACGGCGCGUAUUUCAGCCCUGGACCGUCGGCUGAUUUGAAUUUACGGCAGAUCGUCAUCGAGCGCGAGAUGCUGCCCGAGAUCCUAAUCUCGGGGCUCAUCUCGCCUGACGAGGCGAAAGCGUUGUUCGACAUAUUCUUCCAUAAGAUGAACGACGAGGAUUUUGACGCUCGUUCCCAGCCGUUCUUGUCUAUCUUGGACGAGACAAUCCACACACCCGCCUCCGUGCUCCGCCGGUGUCCCUUCCUCUUCACUGCUAUCUGCGCCGUCGCCUCGCGGUACUACACUCAACGGCCAGAGAUCUACAAGAUGGCGAUGCACUUCGCCAAGGCAGCGGCUGCGUCGGCGUUCAUCGACGGAUGGAAGUGCGUCGAGAUGUCGCAGGCGUAUCUGAUCAUGGCCGCGUACGGCAGCCCGACGCGCACGUGGGAGGAGGACCGGGGAUCGUUCUACACGGGGGUAGCUUCACGGCUGGCCGUAGAGCUGAAUCUGAACAAACCGUCCAAUGAGCCACCAGCCGACGAGCGGCAUGAGCGGGAAUUGCUCAACCGACGGCGGACGUGGAUGAUCUGCUGCAUCAUGGACUACAGCACGUCAAUGCAGAUGGGAAAGCAACCCACGAUCCGCGAGGACGAGAUCAUACGGAACAGCUCGCGCUGGUGCUCCGCGUCGACGUUCCAGCACCCGUUCGACGCGCAUCUCCCUGCCAUCAUCGAGCUUCUCCGCAUCAUGAACGCGUUCAUUGACACCACCUCCGAGGUGCAGAGCUACCCUGCAGAUAAGCGGGCGAAGGCGCUAGCGACCGUCAUCGACGCGUUCACGCAGAGGCUGUCGUCGUCGUCGCUCGAAAAGGCCGCGAUGCGCGGGAACCUGCACGAGGAGAUCGAGAUGGCCGACCAGCUGCGCACCGGAAUGGUCGCAUACUUGCUGGAAUACUGCCGCCUCAUCGUGAUCUCGUACGGCCUGCAAUCGGAGAUCGCGAGCAAAGCACUGAAGGCGGAGGGGAAGAGUCGGUACCUCGAGCAGUCAAUCAACGCCGCGUUUGCCCUCGUGGAUGCAUGGUUGAAGCGUAUGGUGGCGACGCAGUUUGUCAAGUACGCGCCCGAGUUCUUUUUCGUCGGGACGGGCUUUGCCGGCGCAUUCUUGGUCAAGCUACUGCACCCGCGCUUUGCGCACGUCGUGUCCGAGGAGCAGCGUGCGAAGAUCUUCGCCGUGAGCAGCCUGCUCAUCAGCACCCUCGCGUCGGACGAGAUUGCCAUCGACGCGCAGCAUACGCCGAGGCAUUAUUCGGCGUUCCUCGACGGCGUGCUCAAAAACAUGAUGAGCCUCUGGCAGGACUUGGACUCGACCGAGGCUCAGCGAGAUGUAUCUGCUGAGAGCUUGCUGACGUUCGCAUAGUCGUGCUUGUUUUUUUUUUCUUCGCCUACCCCCCCCGCCGCGUUUGCUCGUAGACUGUUAACGACGUCUGGCGUUGCGCCUGCCCCCCCGUCAUUCCAACAUCCGGCAUGGUGUUGAACGGACGUGGUUAUCAGCCUACGUCUUUCGACCGGCUUCUCCUUACGUCUGCUCGAACUCCUAUCUUAUUGUUACCUUCUACCUCUUUCUCUUUAUGGUUUACUUCUUCCUUUCCUGUCUCGCUCAUCUCUUGACUAAAAAGUGCGUUGAUGUUGUUUGCCUCUCUUCUCUCGCUCUGAGUUUCGUUUUGGUAUUAUCGCGGUUCGCUCGUCUUUGUAUAUGUGCUGUAAUUAUAUAUACCGGGUCUGUCGUAGUCUACACGUUGUAAAGAAAUAAUCAGAAUUUAUAGAGCAUC